UGGCAGUAUUACUCGCCGCUAUAACGUAAGGAGAAGUUGCCUUUAACCAUCAGAGCCACCCUCGGACCCCCAAUUUUUCAGCCAAAAAUCAAUUUCUGCGCGCGCACGCACGCACACCCCUCUGACUUCUGUGCUCGUACUGAAACUGUUCCUCUUUUGCUUCAAAUCCCUAAGAAGGAGAAGAAAGGAUGAGAAGAAGACCUGGAAUUGGAGGCUUACAAAACGCCGCUGCGGCUAGGGAUCAGUAUCGUAUGCUGGGUGAAAAUGUAGCCAAGAUUAGAACCGAUAUGAUGAAGGAACAGCUCGCCACGUUUCGAUCCCAGCUCGAAGAAUUCGCUCGCAAACACAAGAAUGAUAUAAGGAAGAACCCGGCAUUCAGAUCGCAGUUCCAUGAAAUGUGUGCAAAAGUAGGAGUGGAUCCCUUGGCCUCCAACAAGGGCUUCUGGGCGGAGCUCUUGGGGAUCGGUGACUUCUACUAUGAACUUGGAGUACAAAUUGUUGAUAUUUGCUUGGCAACAAGACCCCACAAUGGAGGCUUGAUAAACCUGCAGGAACUCUGCAAUCUGCUUCGUCAGAGACGGAAAAGUGACCGUGAAGCUGUUUCUGAGGAUGAUUGCCUGCGUGCUAUAAGUAAGCUGAAGGUAAUGGGUAGUGGUUUCGAGGUGAUUUCAGUUGGGAAGAAAAAGCUUGUUCGGUCUGUUCCAACUGAGUUGAACAAAGACCAUAAUGAAAUUUUAGAGCUGGCUCAGGCUCAAGGCUUUGUGACUGUUGAUGAAGUAGAGAGGCGGCUAUCUUGGACCUCCGGUCGUGCUAUUGAUGCCCUUGAUACUUUACUAGAUGAAGGUCUUGCAAUGAUCGACGACGGCCACAAAGAUGGUAGACGCCGGUAUUGGUUUCCCUGUGUAUCUUCCAUCUCAACUUCAGUAGCUGAUACAUGAACUAGAGGUUUUCAAAUUAAAGGCAGUUCGAUGUUUCUCGGGCAACGACCCAAAGAUAAAGGAGGAAACUCUUCUAUGCGUUAUUAUUUUCUUUGUAAUACUAGUUGGUCCAAUUGAAAGAAUGAUCUUUUACCCCAUCUCUCUAUCUCUCUCCCCAUGUGCACACGUACCUCUCUUAGCCUCUUCUAAGAGAGGUAACUAGAUAGAUGUAUACAGGCUUGUUUUGAAAUUCAUGUAUCUCUCUCCCCAUUGUGUUAAAAUUCAGGUUGUGAUUGUGCUUAA